UGGACGUUUGAGGACGUCUUGGUUCUCUUCGCAGUUACGUAAGGAUGACUGUAAUUUUUCAUUAGUCUGGUUAACUAACAAGCUUUGUUAGAGAUCAGUACAGUGUUAAUGGCUCCUGCUGGAGUGCGUUUAACGCGGCUUUCAAUUAUAUGUUCCGGUGUUGUUUUACGUAGAUCGCUCUCACAUGCGGGGAUGGAAGACAUGGGCGUAAACACGAGCCGCUCUUGCCUUGAGCGACUGGAGUUUGACAAUGUUGCUCUUAAAAAACUUCCACUGGACCCUUCCACCGAACUAGGGGUCAGACAGGUCCGGGGGGCCUGCUUCUCUAGAGUUCAACCCACCCCUCUCAAGAACCCAAAGUCUGUGGCAGUCUCAGGUCCGGCUCUGGCACUGCUGGGUCUUGAUGCUGAUGAGGUUCUGAAAGAUCCACUAGGCCCAGAGUAUCUCAGUGGAUCUAAAGUGAUGCCAGGAUCAGAGCCUGCUGCCCAUUGCUACUGCGGGCACCAGUUUGGACAGUUUGCAGGACAGCUUGGGGACGGAGCUGCAUGUUAUCUAGGAGAAGUGAAAGCCCCGGUGGAUCAGAGCCCUGAAUUACUGCUUGAGAAUCCCACUGGACACUGGGAGAUUCAGGUGAAGGGUGCUGGACUGACACCAUACUCUCGACAGGCAGAUGGGCGAAAGGUUUUGCGCUCCAGCAUACGUGAGUUCCUGUGCAGUGAGGCAAUUUUUGCCUUGGGCGUCCCAACAACAAGAGCUGGGUCAGUAGUGACGUCAGAUUCACGAGUCAUGAGGGAUGUCUUCUACGAUGGCAAUCCACGCAUGGAAAGAUGCUCUGUGGUCUUGCGCAUUGCUCCCAGCUUUAUUAGGUUUGGAUCGUUCGAGAUCUUCAAACGAGCCGAUGAGUUCACUGGCCGUCAAGGUCCCAGCUAUGGCCACGAUGAGAUCAGAACCCAGAUGCUGGAUUAUGUCAUAGAGAGCUUCUACCCAGAGAUCCAUCAGAACCACUCAGACCGCAUUGAGAGGAAUACUGCUUUCUUCAGAGAGGUUACUUUACGAACAGCGAGGCUGGUGGCUCAGUGGCAGUGUGUGGGUUUCUGUCAUGGAGUCCUCAAUACUGAUAACAUGAGCAUCCUGGGCCUGACUUUGGACUAUGGGCCUUUCGGCUUCAUGGACCGUUUUGACCCAGAUUUCAUCUGUAAUGCUUCCGAUGCUUCAGGCCGGUAUACUUACCAAGCCCAGCCGGCCAUCUGCCGCUGGAAUUUAGCUCGGCUCGCUGAAGCCCUGGAACCUGAUCUACCUCCGGACCGGGCCGAACAGGUGCUGGAUGAGUACCUGCCUCUAUACAAUGGCUUCUAUCUGAGCAACAUGAGGAAGAAACUGGGUCUGCUGAGGAAGGAAGAACCAGAGGACGAGACACUCAUCACAGAGCUUAUGCAGACUAUGCAUAACACGGGUGCGGAUUUCACCAACACUUUCCGUAGCUUGAGUCAGAUUUCCUGCCCACCACAGCAGGAGGGGGAAGAUGAAAGUGAGGCUAUAAAACAAGCCACAGAGCUUCUCCUGCAGCAGUGUGCCUCUCUAGAGGAGCUCAAAACUGCAAACAGACCCACCAUGGAUCCACGUGAACUUGCAAUGCUGCUCUCCAUGGCUCAGAGUAACCCUGCACUGUUCCAGAUGAUUUCAGACAGGAAGACAGUCGCCAGGCAGCUGGAAAGGCUCUCAAGAUUGAAGGAGUUGAUGGACACCACUACAGAACAACUAAGGGCCAAGCAGACUGAAGACUGGUCCCGCUGGAUACAGAAAUACAGGCAGCGGCUUGCUUGUGAGUGUGAAUCAGGGCUUGAUAUGAAAGAACUGCAGGAGGAGAGAGUACGCGAGAUGAACAACAACAACCCGUAUGUGGUUCUCAGAAACUACAUCGCCCAGAAUGCAGUAGAGGCAGCUGAAAAUGAUGACUUCUCAGAGGUCCAGAGAGUUCUGAAAGUGUUGGAAAAGCCAUUCUCCGUGCAGGAAGGUCUUGAAAAGCCAGGCUGGGUGGGAAGAGGAGGAGUGGUGGAUUCAGUAGAAAGAGAUGAGACUGGAGAAGAAGGGAAUACUUCAGGAGCAGAGGCUCGAGUGCUCGUCCCAUAUGACAGCAAGCCCCCCGUGUGGGCCAAUGAGAUCUGUGUCACCUGAUCAUCAUAAAACCUUCAUGACAACUAACCUGCUCAUUUAAGCAGAAUCAUCCUGCAGAAACUGUUGAGGUGUCAUUGAAGGUAUUAAAAGAGGUAUUAAACUCCUGUCUACCAGUUAAAAACAUGCAGUAAGAUAAUGUGUAGGGGGCUAAAUGAUAAUUCAGCACAUUUAUCUCUGUAUAUUUGACUGGUUUCAAAUGAUGACUUAGACCCCCAGUCUAACCAUGACAGGUCUGAGUCUGAAAGAUAGAAGUUAUUAUGCCUUUACUUUAGAUUUGAAGUGAAACGCACAAGCCAUUGAGCAACCAAGUUCCAAAGCUUAAACGCACAAACAGAUGUAAUCACUUACUUAAAGGGUCUCGUUUUAAAUAAUGUAGUUAUAUAUGAAUGUAGCACUGAUUUAUUGAUUAAGUACUUUAGAAGUGUACCUUUUACAUUUUAAUUUUGGAGCCAACAGAGGUAGCACUGUAUUUUCAUAUGAUCUGUCUAUUCCAGAAAUGCCAUUUUGUUUUUAAAUAAUUAAAAGAACUUUCAUGUCUUUAAGAAUAGAUUUUCAACAACUGUGAAGAAAUUCUCAGACAUUAUGUAAUUUUUAUGAACUUCCCUUAUGAAUAUGCAAUAUUUCUAAGAUAAAGUACUCAUUUAAUAAACAUAACAAAUAGCAGCUAUGUGUUCUAAUUUUGUAAACCACGAUUAUUUCUGUGAAGAUGAUGUUUUGCAGUUGUAAAAGACAUUUGGGUGAGAGUUUAUGGGAAAGCUGCUUCUUUUAUUUUCAUUUAGGCUGGAAUGUCUGUCUGUGCCUGGGGCCCAGUACUUAGGUAACAUGUUAACACAGGUUCAGAUAUGCUCCUAAAUAUAAUAAGGCAGAUUUCAACAGUGUCAAUUACAUUGAACUCCUAAAACCCUCGUUUUAAUGUUUUUCAAAGCUGUGUAAUAACAAACAUGCAUCAGUUCACACAUUCACUGAAGGAUGAUCAUGUUCUUGCUUAUUUUGUCUCAGUGACGCUACUCAUGAAUGGAAAGCUGUUUUGACAUUUAUUCCAUUAAACCAACUGGCAUAUAUUUUA